CGUUUUCCUCUCUCUCUCUCUCCCCACUUCGGAUCGAUCAUCCAUUUCUCUAUUAUCGCAUUACAUUUAAUCUUUUCCCCCUUUCAAUAAUAGCCGCUGCUCCAUUCUCGGGCCCCAAUUUUCCCCUCCGACGAUCAUCGUUUUGAACUUCUCCGAUCCAGAAGAAACCAAAGAAGUUGACCUUUCUUCAACCUUCCGCCACAAACAUAGUUUCCUGUCUGUUCGUUGCUACUGAGGAAUUUUGUUCUGGGUAUUCGAGAAUUCCGUCUGUUUUUGGUUUGGCAUUCAUUGUAUAAUGCAUUUGUCUGCAGAACUGAAAAAUUGAUUUGUCUGCAGAACUGAAAAAUUGAUUCCCUCUUCUUAUCUGGAAAUUCUCUUGGGUUAGACCAGGUCCAUACUUAUAUUCCUAAGCAGCGGGUAGUUCGUUCAAGAGUUUGUCAACCAGAAUGGAACCCAGGCAACCUGUUCCCAGUGUUAUUGCAAGAUUGAUGGGUUUGGAUGAAUUUCAACCUCGACAACCAGUUCAAAAGAAAGCAAGAGUGCUUUCUGAGAAGUAUAUGCAGAGAGUGAAUGCUAUAGGUAGCCGAGAGAAACAUCAAAAGCUUCAUUUAUUUGGUUUGGUUUCAGAAGAGUCAAGAGAUACCAACAGUUUGGGAACAGACAGACAAAAUGGGAGCUUAGCUGGGAAGAGGAACGCUCAUUUAAGUUCAGAGGUGUCAUUAAAGCCUUCUAGCCAUGAAAACCUUGAUGUCUGCAAGAAAGGUCAGAAUGCUUGUGACCAAAGGUACACUAGUUCCAGCUCGUGCAGGGAUUUUGGAAGAAUUGUUCUACUUAAGCAACACACAGAUAAGGUGGAGAAUACUAAAACAAAGUCUACUUCUUCAAAGCAUGCAACCACAGGGAUUGGGUUUUAUGAAUUAGGUUCUAGAUAUCUGAAUGCUGGCACCUUGCUUAAGAAGUCUGAGUCAGCACCAUUGUCUCCCACCCAGCCAGUUGAACUGGAUAUAAGUAGAAUGGAUGAAAAUGACUUUAAACCAACAAAGUUAUGUUUCAAUCCUGCUACUCUUCGCUCAAGCAAAAACAGUCAGUAUGGCUGGAAGGUCAGGAGCAUUGGAUGCUUACGAAGAGCCACACCUCUUCACUGGAAUCUUAGUGAUAUCCGCAGUCAUGCAACUAGUGCUAGCAAUGACUCUGUUGUUAAAAGUAGUCGCCGAGUGAGUAAUGUUGAGUUUAUAAAUUCUGUUCAACAAAAGGGAAGAAAGUUCGACCGGAGACAUGCUUCAGAAAUCAUAAUCUCAGUAAAGAGCUAUGAGGAGAUGUCUCCGCCUGUUGAGGAUUCAGAAGCGGCAAACAAAAAUCCAGAACCUAGCUAUAUCCCUCCAAAUGUAGCUGAAAACAAGUUGGAAGAGUAUUCACAUAGCCAGAGGUCACAUGAGAUGGUUGUUAAUGGAGAAACCGAGUCUGUAAACGAAUCCUCCCUAGCACUUGUUUCAAUUCAAAAGGAUAUAUCAGCUGUAACGUACGGGAAAGAAUACAUUUCUUCUUAUUGCUCGUGUACGGACCCAGAAUCACUAGUGAGCUCAGAAGAUUCCUACUAUCAAUCCAGUCCAAAUUCUGUAUUGGAGACUUCAUACAGGAAAGAGAUAUCUUCUUGCUUCGAUUGUUGGGACGGUGCUGGUGCUUCUUUGCAAGGCUUGCAUAAUCGACUCGAAAUCCUGAAGUCAGAGUUAUCAGAUGGAAACUCAGAAGACUUUGACACAAUGGUCUCUAGCGAGGGAGAUACCCGGGAAGAUGAGUCAGUAAGCGAUUUUGAAGCAAAUGAAGGUGCAAUGACACUUUUUAAAGCUGAAGAGAGCAGGGAUUUCUCAUACUUGGUCGAUGUGUUAACCGAGGCAGGGCUGAUCAACAGAAGCCCAUACUUGAUCAGUCCUAACCACUCAUGGAACUCUGAUGAAUACUUAAUCGUUAGUCCUUCGGUCUUUGAAACACUAGAUAAAAAGUACGGAGAACAGGUAUCUUGGAAGAGGGCCGAUAGAAGAUUACUAUUUGAUCGUAUAAACUUGGGGCUGGUGGAGAUUCUGCAGUCAUCUUUGAGCCAGCAGUCAGUCUCGUGGUCGGAACCUGUAGCAAGAAGAUUCAUGCUCAACUAUGGUGGCCAGGAGGAUAUUGAGGAGGAGGUGUGGUUGUUACUCGCCAGCCAGGAAAAUGGAACGGGAAAGAAUUCUGAGAAGGUGAUGGGGCAGGAUGAUAAGUGGUUCCAGUUGGGUGAUCAUGUUCAGGAGAUCAGUGGAGACAUAGCAAAUUCUUUGUUUGACGAGUUGGUGGAGGAUGCUGUUAGCAGCAUGGGGUGAUAUUUUUGGACAAAUUUGCAGAAAUUUUCACAUACGUAGUAUAUAUACAGGGUAGGUGGUAUAGGUAGUAUAUUGUUUUUGAAUCAAGGAGUAUUGAAGAGAAUGAGAGUAUUGAAGAGAAUGAGUAGGUUGAUUGUUGUUUGUUCCCUGCCAAGUCCACUUGUGCAAUUUUUUCCCUCCAACAGACCACAAGGAGGGUGGAGACAGCUAGAGAUAUAUAUAGUGUUUGUAGUAAGUUUUAUAAAUGUUGAAGAGGAUGUAUUCUUUUUGAGUAAUUCAGUUAGUUCUCAUGUAAAAUAUGGUCAUUUUUCUGGGGAAGCUAUGUUUGUAAAAACUGCUGCAGUUUUCUUACUGCUUGAGACAACGUUGAAUGCAACCAUUUUUUGGUGUGAGCUUGCAAAGAUUUGCAGUUUCCUGUUUG